AUGGAAAACGAGAAGCACACCGCAGAGAGGAAUGCCGGAGAAGUUGAAGAAGAAGAUGAUGAGAAGAAGAUAGAGGAAUUCUUUGCUUUGAUCAGAAAAUUUAAGGAUUUACGGAAUCAAAUGAACGAUCACACGGAUAAGGGGAAAAAUAAGAGGAAGAGGAAGCCCGAUUCAGAUUCAGACGAACAUCAGCGGAAAUCCGCCGCCGCCGCCGCAUGGGUACCGGUGUUUCAUUGGGAAGACUUUACAGCGGACGUUAAGUUUAGAAGGCCUUCUUCCGUGUUGCCGCCUCCAUGUAAUAUUAUUAAGAAAGAUGAUGAUGAGGUUAGCGGAUCAAGUGGAUUAGACCUCAAAUUGACUCUUUAA